AUGGCAUCAAUCAACAGCGAAGGCUCUUCCUAUCAAGACAUUGAUGAUAUUGGCGAUCAGAUUGAUGACAAUGAGGAGAGCCUUGAUCUUGGGAAGGAUGCCAAGGUGAAGAAGCUAUACAGGAACAAGCGCAACAAAUGGGUCGAUGAGUCGCCGAAGGAAGAGAAGGUCCAGAAGGCCGUUCGUCUUGCAGCAAACUCCAACUACGCCAUCAUCACUCGCCACUACGUCGAGGACGAGGAGCUCUGUCUCGACUCUAUUGUCGUGCAGAAUGCUGCUCUCAUGGAGCUUCUUGGUUGUGUGUUUGAGGACUAUCCCGCCUUAGAGGCAGCUUUCAAAUCCAAGCGACUGAUCUUCGAGGCCCCUUUCCGUGAUUUCUUCUAUCGUUGGGAAGAGUACGAAGACCUGCUCCGAUCGGAAUGGGAUGGCGAUGCCAAGGAGUACCUGCAGCUCUUCGACAGUAUCAUUCGCCCCGAAGUCGGUCCCCACGUUCAAGAGCAUAAAGACAUCUUGGAGACUGGUGUAGCGCGGUUCGAUGAUGCUUGGACUCUGUUCUAUCCAGGAGCGGAAGUCUACACGAAUUACGAUGGCCACGAGAGAAUCUACCAAUUCGAGAGUGUAUCUCGCCCAACGUGGCCAAGCCUCAGCAUUGAUUGUAAAUACAUCACCUGGUGUGCCCGGGGUUUUCGGUGGCAACGUCAGCUUCUCACCAUCUUCUCGUACGACGGCUGCAAAGCAAUCACCGAUCUGUCUGUGUUUCCCCUUGCACUUCAUCCUCACGCAUCGAGCCUCUCAGAGAGGCUUUCGGAGCGUGGCCGUCGGUUCGAAGAGCUCAGUGGUAUCCAUUACAAGUCGUACAAUGGUCUUUGGACGCCCCGUGACCCCAUUGGCUGGGGUGCGUCCAAGAACUUAGACAACGGACGCAUCUUAAUCGACUCCCAAGCGGCUGAUUCCUCACUGUCAGGAAUGGAAAGCCUGAAUCCUCCUCCAGUGGAGGAUCCGUUUGCUGGCUUUGGGUUGGAACCUCAUGGGUUUCCGCGGCCGAAGACCAAAAAGGGCAAAACGUCUAGGAAGUAUCGAAGGUCACCUACGAAGGAUGUCCCACCACGUAACCCCUUCGACUGGGCUUUCGCUCUCGAUCCUGAUGAAGUUCCUGUGCUUGCGCCCUUCUACCGAUUCUGUCGUCCUACCGUGCGUGGGGUUUGUCUUACCACGAAGCAAUGGGGCACGUUAGCAUCACCUCUUUGCAUCACUCCUCCGCUAAUCGAGACCUAGGUGACUUUAAUGUCGACAACGUCUCGGAAAUCGAAUUCAACCCCGCGACGUUCCAGCGGCUCGUUCUACCUUCUGACCACAAAGACCUCAUUCUUGCCUUCGUAACCUCCCAGAUGGAAAGCCUAGAUUCGUUCGACGACAUCGUCGAUGGAAAAGGUAGUAGCCCCCGCAUGUCAUUCGUUCCCUCUGUAACUGUACUAAUGAGACCACCAGGACGUGGUAUAACUAUCCUGCUCAAAGGCGAGCCCGGCGUCGGCAAAACGUUAACUGCAGAAGCUGGUCAGUGACGAUUUGUUUAUGUUACGUGCUAUGGUGACUUUCUGACAUCGUUCCAGUUGCUGAGGAAGUAGAGAAGCCGUUAUAUACUCUCAGCGCUGGAGAUCUGGGACAUGAUGCCUCCUCUGUCGAGGCGAACCUGGAGAGCAUGCUUGAUCUGUGCGCCCGAUGGAGAGCGAUUUUGCUGGUAGACGAGUGCGACGUCUUCCUUGAGCAACGAGCUGCGACAGACAUCGACCGCAAUAAGCUCGUAGCCGGUAUGUUGGAUGACCACCAGAAACCAGAGACAUUCGUACUAAUCGUGCGACAGUAUUCUUGCGGCUGCUGGAAUACUACAAAGGCGUCAUCUUCCUCACAACGAACCGCGGUGGCAUGAUCGACCGAGCCUUCCAAUCCAGAAUCGCACUCGUGAUCCAGUACCCUGUCUUGGACUUCUACGCCAAGAAGCACAUCUGGGAGACCUUCGUUAGACCCUCUGUGGAUUUCCCUCAAAAUGACAGCGAUCUCACCGACGCCGAUAUUGAGUCUCUUGCUAAGCUCGACAUCAAUGGCAGAGAGAUCAAGAAUCUCGUGAAGACUGGCAGACUACUUGCAAGAAAGAAGCAGGGAAGGCACCUUAGCAUGGGUCAUAUUCGGACGGUUCUUCGUGUGCAGGAUAUGCUUACGAGGGACACGAGCAAUGCGCAAGGAGAUGCAUGA